UGGUUCUUCAACAUUUUGGUUUACUUGUAUGAUACUAUAUUUCCAUGUAGUAGAGAGCAGUCAUUUUCGUGGGGGCUUUAUAUCAUGGAAGCCAGCUGAAAAUAAUCAGAUUGAGAUUAACUACAGAGUGGCUUUCCAAAGAAGUACGUAUAGCCACAUGUGCGACGAAAACAUAAUAGACAACGGAACCUUAAUCUCUGGCGAAGGGACUCUACAGUGUCUAAAGGGAUGCAAGGGAUCAAUAACUACUAUGUCAUAUUACUGCACUGACUUUAGUGACACUGAAAAAUGGACAACGGGUACCAACAGCAUAAAAUACAACCUUCCUACAUCUAGUGACAACCUAUACCAAUUUGGUUUUACAAGCUGUUGUUGGAUAACUCUAGUCGAAGGAGGUUCAACCUGGAUGAUGCGGACUACAGCAGAUCUGAACAAACGAAAAGACACUGGGAAAAUAAACUCCUCUCCAAUCUCUGCAAUGCAACCUAUUGUCAGAUUCAAUUAUGGAUGUGACUAUACAUUGAAAAUACCCGUUUCUGAUGAUGAUGGUGAUGUUAUACGUUGUCGGUGGUCUACAAAAACUCCAAAUGAUGAAUGUGGUGGAGUAUGUCAGGCACUCAAUGGUUCUCAUUUAGAUGAGAGCUCUUGUGUAUUGAGCUAUAACGCAACAAGCUCAUUGGGUUGGUACGCAGUAGCAUUGCAAAUCGAAGACUUUCAGAAGUCUUCCGAUACAGUUCCUCUCAGCAGUGUUCCAUUGCAGUUUUUGGUUGUCGUUGCCAGAUCAAGCGAAUCGUGUGCCUCCAGACCAGUUUUACCGCCCAAUAUAAUAACUGACGGUUCGAUUCAUCACAUCCCUGUCAACACUAUAUUUAAUGAGUCGAUUCUUGCUAGAAGUGGUGGGGAAACAUUAAGAGUAACAGCAAUUGACACUGUUUCUCCCAUUGGAAUGAUCAAAUCUGAAUUAUUUUCAUAUGGAACGUCUGGAAGAGAAUGGUUUGUGACUGUCACCUGGAAACCAACGAAAAACCAGAUAGGCACCCAUCUGUUUUGUUUUACAGCGGUUGAUAAUAUGGGUCAAUCAUCCGAUCAAACAUGUGCUACACUUGUAGUUGACGACCAUGUGGUUAGUCAGGUGACUGAAAAUCCUGGGUCUGACGCUGUGGUUGUUCUAAAUCCAAGUUGCAGUGCUUUUAAAACUCCUGAAAAAGUACGUACUAAAUGCAUCCAAGCAGUAGCAGCCGUCCCACCAUUGUUUUACCUGGAGUCUAGUUGCCCAUCACAUUUUAUUCAAUGUAACGAACUUGGAAUUGGAUAUAUUAUGCCAUGUGCUCCUGGAACUGAGUGGUGCCAGCAAAAAUUGACAUGUGAUCGAGUAGGAUCUUGUAAGACUUAAUUUGUAUACUAGGACUUAGAGGACUUCACAAGUAUAUUCAGAUUUUAUUUACCUUCCGAUUUUUUUGGCAUAUCAUUGACAUGUCUAAUAAAAUAUUAUUAGACAGAACACUAGAUUAGUGUGUGCGUUUUUUCACAUUGUUUCCUAACAUAACAAUUAAAUUAUUUUCUACCACUUCACAGAGUUAAUUUCUUCUUAUGAUAUGUUUUUUAUUUGAAUUUAUAACUCCAAUGAAUAUAUUU